CGGCCGGGAAAGCUGACGGACAAGCGGACGCUGGAGGAGCUGCAGUCGGCUCGCAACAACUACGAGGCGCUGAACGCCCAGCUGCUGGACGAGCUGCCCGCCUUCCAGCGCUGCGCCAAGGAGCUGUUUGCCAGCUGCCUGCGGGGCUAUGCCAGGGCCCACUGCCACUUCGUGCACCUGGCCCUGGGGCAGCUGCGGCCCCUGCUGUCGGUGAGUGCCCACCGCCCGGCCCUGCCGGGGCGGGCCGGNNNCCCAAUCCCCAUCUUCCAAGAGGAGCACAGCCGAGUCCUCCAGCCCCUCCAGGCCUUCACCUUCUUCCCGGAGGCCCAGGCGGCUGCCAAGAGACCCUUGGAGAGGAGGCACAUGGAGCGCCAGUCUGCCAGGCGGCAGCCGCUCCUGGGCCUGCCCAGCUACAUGCUGCAGUCGGGUGAGCUCCGAGCCGCCCUCCUGGCCAGGUACCCCCCGGAGAAACUCUUCCAGGCCGAGCGCAAUGUCAAUGCCGCGCAGGACCUGGACGUCUCGCUGCUGGAGGGGGAUCUCGUGGGGGUGCUCAAGAAGAAGGACCCCAUGGGCAGCCAGAACCGCUGGCUCAUUGACAAUGGAGUGACCAAAGGCUUCGUGUACAGCUCCUUCCUGAAGCCCUACAACCCCCGGCGCAGCCACUCCGAUGUCUCGGUGGGCAACGGGAGCUCCUUCAACCCCAGCGGCACGACCGGCACCUUCACCCAGCCAUCUCCGCAGGGUGCCGCUCAGGGGGGUCCCUGCUGCCCUCUGGGGACCCCCCCUGAGCCAGACGCCAGCGCCUCUGAUAGAACGGGGCCUGGGGAGUCCAGCCUUGCACCAGCUCACCCACACUCCAGUCCUGAGCCGAGCGGCAGCUCCCACACCCGCAGUGGGCUUCUCAGGCCGGCCCCUUCCGUGGACGACAGAGACUCUGGGCUGGAGAGCAGCGAGUCUGAGGGCAACCAGGUCUAUUAUGCUGUCUACACCUUUAAAGGCCGAAGUCCAAAUGAGCUGAGUGUGUCAGCCAAUCAGAGACUCAGGAUCCUGCAGUUCGAAGACAUCACAGGCAAUCGAGAGUGGUGGUUGGCUGAGGCGCGUGGCAAGCAGGGCUACGUGCCGUCCAGUUACAUCCGGAAGACGGAGUAUACGUGAGGCUCUGCCACCCUCGGAGAGACUGCAUCCCGGUGCCUUAAUCCCAGCUGGACACGCGGGGCUGGGCG